UAUUACGGAGCACCCCUCCCCUUCAGCCCGUCACAGGCAGCACGGAGCCACAGCAGCGGUGCAGGAGGCAGGCUACAACACUGAACAACGCUGGGGAGGACCAGUGAUACAGCAAAACCAACGACAAAACGAGAAUUCAGUGGCAUGGAUUUAACAUUUGUACGCCGCUAUUAAGGGAUCGUAUUCGGUUAUACAUCUCUGUGCACCGGAAGAAAGGUUGCUUGUUUACAUUUUCAUUCCUUUGAGCACAAUCAGUAGCUAAAACGGCUCGCUUUAGUCUGUGUUUAGCUAGCCGGUGAAGGAGACUGGCAGCUAGCUCGCUGACGUUACUCCUCUGUCAGGCUAGCAUCUACAUUAAGGCUAACUUAUCUAGCAGCUAUUUGCUUUCAGUACGGGUGGCAUAGUUUCUCAUUAGAAAACCUACAAAAUGUUAGCUUGUGUUUAACAAAGCCACUAACUAAUAUCACUGGUGAUUUAACGCUGGCAUCAGCUGACGUUAGCUCGCUAGCUACUCAGCGAGCGGCCACUAGCUUCUCUUGCCUCGCUAACUGUCACCGUAAAACACUUCAUCGUGUUUUAGAGGCUGUAAAUAUUGGCAUAACUUCGCCUGACAUUUGCAAACAUUCAGUUCUUGGUUGAUAUAUUUAUUUUUCGAUCGUGUUGUCUGUUGGUUGAAGUGUAGUCAAAACGGCGCCGUUAACGAGCUGCAGCCUUAUUGCAUACUGUCAGAGAGCAACCACCCCCCGGAUCCUCUCGAAAUGCAUCAUCCGGACCCUGCAGGAGACUCUGGCAGUGUUAGAAAGAUGGCGCACCCGGCUGUCUUUCACAGAAGGGGUAGCAACACAGGCAGCGGGAGUGGUUCAGCGUUGUCAACACCGGCAAACCCGGUGGUCAAUAACAGCCACGUCCCGGCCGAUGAUUACCAAGCCUCACUGUUGAUUCAGUGCCAACCCCCUGCUGGGUCAUCCUCCCCGGGUCCCCAUCACAUGCCACCCCACAGCCUGAAUCUGCAUGCCCAGCCCCAGCCCACACAGACUGGAGCUCAGAUAAAAAAGAAGAGUGGCUUCCAGAUUACAAGUGUGACUCCAGCUCAGAUAUCUGUGAGUACCAACAACAGUAUUGCAGAGGACACCGAAAGCUAUGAUGACCUGGAUGAGUCCCACACAGAGGAUCUCUCUUCUUCUGAAAUACUGGAUAUGUCUCUAUCCAGACCUAAUGACAUAGUGGGAGGAGAGAGGAGCUCUUCGGAGGAGACUCUGAAUAAUUUCCAUGAGGCUGAUACCCCUGGAGCUGUCUCCCCCAACCAGCCUUCACACCCACAUGCCAUGAACCAAGCUCAACAGCAUGGUGGGACCAUGGUGAACGGCAAUGUACAUCAUCACCAUCACCAUCACAACCAUGCCCAGGUCUACCCUUUGUCCUCUGGGACUGGGAGCACUCCAUCUGCCCUCAAUUCUGGAGCUUUACCCUGUAUUACCCAGAAAAUGCCUUCUAACGUGGGGGGCCCUCAAGAUAAUGUUUCCCAGGCUGCCCCUCCAAGGAUUGCCGCUCAGCCCCAGGGGGUUGUGGCCCCGGGAUCCCUCCCUGGAAUGCACAGCUCUGCUAUGGACACUACAGUUAGCAUAGUUAAUCCCCAGACCAGCACUGUUAGUAAUGUGAAUAUGUUGAGCUCUGCCAACGUGCCUGUGAGAGGGGGGAUAAGCAUGAGUGCUAGCAGUAGCAGUGGUGGCUUUCCUUUCAAUGUGAUGAGCAGCAGUGCAGGGAGCGGAGGUGCUGUUGCAGCCGCAGGUAACCUUAUAACCCCCACCUCUAAUGUCAACAUGAUCCAGCAACACCAAAACAUCAACUCCAACAUCACUAUGACUAAUACGACUUCUGCUGUUAGUGCCUCUGGAGGGAUCGGGGUCCCAGCUGGGAUCCAUGGGAGAGUUGGAUCUGCCGUGCUGCAGCCUGCGAGUGCUCCUAACACAUCUGUGGCCCCUGUAACAUCGGCCCCUGCCCAGCCUGCCCCAGCUCCAGCUCCUGCUGUGGCUACCACCAGCUCUCGCUUCCGGGUGGUGAAGUUGGACUCUAGCUCUGAACCCUUUAAGAAGGGAAGAUGGUUAUGCACUGAAUUCUACGAUAAGGAGACCCCUGCCUCUGCUCCAAGCUCCGCUGCGUCGGAGACUGGCUCUCACAACAUGCGUCAGUUUGUCUCUGAGAAUUUUGCUGGGACAUCAGAGCGAGAAAGCACAAGUGGUAGUUCAGUGAGUAGCACUAUGAGUACACUGAGCCAUUAUACUGAGAGUGUGUGCAGUGGAGAUGCUGGGGGACACCCAGUACCCCAACACGCCUCCCCUCCACAGGGAUAUCAAGGAAUCCUCCCCAGUGGUUUAAGCAUGGGAGUGUCCCAACCUUACAUGCCCCCGUACGAUAUUACCCCCUCGGCUCCAACUAGCAUUCAUCAACCUGUUUCCAUGCAAGGCCACCAGACCGCCAUCCCGACAUCCGCUUUACCCCACCACCAGCUCACUUAUGCCCAGGCAGUUGCUAGUCCGCCCUUAGGCUCCACACAGGGCCUGGUAGGUGUUCAGCAGCAACAGGGAGGCUAUGCCCUGUCACAGCAACCACAAUCUAACCACCAAGCAGCCGUGGUGCAGGUGAGACCAGCUGAGUACACCCAUUCACACCAAGGUGUCCCCCAGGCAGCUGCCUCUCAACCUCUGUCCAACCAAACUGGGUCAGCUCCCUCCGGGUCUGCUAACGGAUUAUGUCAGAUGAUAGGAGGCCUGCAGCAGUCAUUGCUUCACACACAGACCUCCUCCUCUAAUAUGCCCUCUCAUGUUGGAGCACCAGGUCUUGGCCAGCGGCCUCAGAGCCACCCAGGCCACCUGGACUGCCAGCAGCAGACACAACAGUCACUCCCAACACAAAUCCAAAAUCUGAGGACCCAGCUGCCCACAACAGUCCACCAGAACCAAGUAUCUGCAUCAAGCGUGCCUCCACCCAACCCUCAGAGCGCCCCCCAAGCCCACAACACUGGGAAUAGCGGUCGGAUGCCUACGCAGGGUGUUCCUCAGAGCCAGGCGUCUUUUCUCAGUUUGUCCCAUGACCACAACAGCGCCCUUGCUCUGGCUCAUGCUGCCCAGGCCAGUGCCCUCUAUGCCAGUCUGCCUACCUUCACCACCACGCAGCUGCAGGACGCCCAGCGGCUGCUCCUCCAGCACCAGUCGACUCUGUUGGGGCUGCCCAAGCUGUCCGGAAGGGAGGCUGGGUCUGGAUCCAGCGCUGGCCAGGGUCAGGAAGCUGAUGGCAACGCCGCUGCCGCCAGUGCCUUAACUGCAUCAGCUGGUCUAAAGACUGGUGAUGGAGAGGAUGAUGGGUAAGACUUUUUUUCUUUUUAAAUAAUUCUAUCACUUUUAUCUAAAUAGAUGUGCCCUAUGGCUGCAAUAACAGUUUGUUCUCCUUAUUAAUUCAUCUGCAAAAUAUUUUAUAGAUGAAUCCAUUUAUUGUUUGGGUCUAUAAAACGUCAGAAAAUAGUAGAAGAAAUUGGGCCAAAAAUAUUGUGUUUGAAUACUAUCUAACCGAUAUGGCUUUUUCAAGGUCGAUACCGAUUAUUAGUAAUCAAGGAAAUCGAUAACCGAUAUUUGGAUCCGGUGCUCCUUUUUUGGCGGUGGGUGCGCACCAGUUAUGUGCAGCCCUGAGAAUAACACAACUUCUUUGAAAUGCCUUUUUAAUGUUUAAUGAACUUUUCAACAUCUUAAAACUGGUUUCUUCUCUGUGACCCUGAGUAAAGUAAAUGAAGUAAAAAUAAAACUUGUUCUAAACUUCUGAUAUUUGA